AUGUCAACCUCGACCUCGCACCCGGCACCGGCCCGCACGCCGUCCGAGCUCUCCACCGCCGGCGACGAGGAGAAGGCGCUCGAGAGCGUCAAGGGCAGCGACGCGCAGGGUGUCGCCGCCGCAGGGUCGCACGAGCACGAGAUCGUGAGCGAGACCGAGGGUCCGUUCGUCAAGUUGAGCCGGCACCUCAAGACGCUCGGCGUCGAGACGAGGUCGCUCGAGCGCGUCCCGGAGGAUCAGCGAGACGAGCUCCCGUUCUGGCGGUUGGCGCUGCGCCAGAUUACAUUCUGGUUCUCGGUCAACCUGUCGUUCAGCUGCUUGGCGACGGGCUACUUGGGCAGUCUCUACUACACGCUCGACUUCAAGACGUCGCUCGCCGUCAUCUACCUCGGCGUCGCGCUCGGCUGCGCCGUCUCGGCGACGAUGGCGACGCUCGGUCCCAAGACUGGCUUGCGCACGAUGGCUAUCGCACGUUUCGCCGGCGGCUUCCCUGGCACCGCGUUCAUGAGUGUCGUGAACGCCGUCGUCCAAAUCUGCUACAGCAUCUCGACCGCGAUCGUCGGCGGCCAGGCGCUCCGGGCCAUUAACGGCUGCUCGCUCGUCGUCGGCAUCGUCGUCCUCACGGUCGUCGUCCUCGUCCUGUGGGCGUGGAUCGGGUCCUUCAUCAUCUACUGCAUCGUCCUCGGCCUCGGCAGUCGCGGCGACUACGACGUCGACCGCCUCACGCCGACCAUGGACGAGGGUCGGGAGCUCACGGGCGACGUCCUUUCGUUCCUCGGCAUUAUGUUCAGCGUGGGAUCUGGGUGGACGUCGAUUGCGGCCGACUACAACAUCACGGUCCCGGCGUCGACGCCGUCGUGGAUCAUCUGGUGCUCGACCUGGCUCGGCAUGUACCUGCCGAUCGUCUUUACCUGCACGGUGUCGGCGACGUUCAUGGCCUUGAGCAAGUCUGACUAUGUCACGGCGUUCGAGGAGGACUCUCUCGGCGGCGUCGUCGGCCACAUCCUCAUCGAGAACGUCGGCGGGUUCGGGAAGUUCCUCAUGGUCCUCCUCGCCUUCUCGACCGUGUCGGCGCAGAUCCCGAACUGCUACUCGGGGGCCCUCUGCAUCCAGGCGAUCCACCCCAUCCUCCUGCGCGUUCCUCGCAUUCUCUUCGUUGUACUCUUCACGGCCAUCUACCUCGCAUGCGCUCUCGCCGGCCGUGAGCACCUCUCCGAGAUCGUGUCGAACUUUGCUGCCAUUCUUGCCUACUACACUGCGUUCCUCGCGUCGAUCGUCUUCGUCGAGGUGCUGUGGUUCCGCCGCAAGAAUGGCCCGCUCGGCGGCAAGACGAACUGGGACGACGUCGCCGACUUCAGCAAGCUGCCACCCGGCAUCGCCUGCUGCGCCUCGAUCGCGUGCACCAUCCCUGUCGUCGUCAUGGGCAUGGCUGCGACGUGGUACGUCGGGCCGAUCGCGCUCGCCAUCGCAAAGCCGUACGGCGGUGACCUUGGCUUCGAGCUCUCGGCCGGCGUCUCUCUCGUCACGUACCCGCUCUUCCGUUACGCCGAGAUCCGCUACUUUGGGCGGUGA